AUGUCCCCAAAGUCUUUGCGUUCAUUCGACGUCGUGAGUGAAUGGGUUUCUUCCAUGUCGCCCCACAUGGAGCGACCGGCGCCUCCCAAGACUGGCCCUCAAGUGACGUUCCGCCCCCCGCUUGUCUCGAAGGGACGAACGAAGCAAAUCCAACCCCGCACCACCAACAGCGACCAACCGUUAUCUCGUCAAUCUGCGGCAGGGGCUCGCCAGGCUUCAAACGCCGCAUUCUGCAACAGAAAACGUCAAAUAGGGCGUCUCAAGAAACCUGCCAGAGCAAAGUUUGAGCAGCACGGUUCCAGUCGCAGUGUCGAUACGUGCACCAUGAUCGAAGCGGACGAAAUGACAGAACGGGAAGGCUCCACUGAAGCCAGCACGCCAGCUGCGGAACCUCUUCAAUUUAUCCGUCGUGUGGACUUGGACGGCACGGCGGCCGGUCGUUCUUUGAUUGGAAGCAUGUUGAAGAAGUUCUGA